GAGACAAUAUGUACACUGCACGUACCCACUCGUUCAUCUGGCAUACAACGGCGCCUUUUCUCUCUCUCUCUCUCUCUCUCUCUCUCUCUCUCAUCUCUACUCCGUAGGUAUCCAUUAGACAUGAUUGUCUCUUUUGGGUUGCUGACUAACCAUCUGGCCAGGGGUCACCUUCUCUGAAAGGUUAGCGCCAAACUUGGUCCAUCCUCGGCAUAAGCGUGAUCAAGAAAGAAGAGGAGCGUAAGAUGACUUGUGUGGAAUCUUCGCAUCGCCUCCGCUUUCUACUGAUGUUCAUACCUGUUGAUAAAUCUAUGAACACUAAUAGGUACCCUUUCAACACCAGUCAUUUUCGUGGGUGAUUGGCUACAUCGCAGAGGUUGCAAAUUAUUUUUUGACUGGGUUGCGUGCAGGAGUAUUUUAUUCCUUAAAUAUUUUUUUUUUGCCUUUUUUUACCUUCUUUCCUUCGGUGCCCCUUCCCUUGUACCCGUCGGAGCCACCGGACCCGCGACCCUGGAUAUUAUUUUGAAGCUCACGCCACUCCUUUCCGAUUAUCCAUUCCGUUUUUUAGGUGUGGUGUGAUCUGUCCAACUACAUCUCUCGAAUUUCCACGCUUGUAUCUCAUCUCUUUUACUUCCCCCCUACAACGAUUGGCAUCCAUAAUUUGGGCGUUUCUCGUUCAAUAGCCAUGCCUGGAAGGACGCUGCCAACGUUUACCUCCGCCGAGGUUGAGUCCCAUAACAAUGCCAAAUCCUGCUAUGUGACUCUGGGAUCUAAAGUCUACGACAUUACCUCUUUUGUCGAUGAUCAUCCUGGUGGCGGUGAUUUGAUCCUUGAGUAUGCUGGGAAAGAUGUCAAAGAAAUUCUGCGCGAUGCCGUCUCCCACGAACACUCGGAAGCGGCCUACGAUAUUCUAGAAGACAGCCUGGUUGGUUUCAUUGCCUCCGACUCGACUGGCAAAGGUGCAAGCAUAGAUGGUGUAGGAAAAUCAUCGGGCCCUGUAUAUGCCGCAACUGGAAUGUCCCGCGAAGAGGACUUGUCUGUUGAGACGGAUUACUCCAAGGAUUACCAGACGCACAAAUUCUUGGAUCUCAACAAACCUCUCCUUAUGCAGCUCUGGAACGGUGGCUUCAGCAAAGAGUUCUACUUGGAGCAGAUCCACCGCCCGCGCCAUUACAAGGGAGGAGAAUCGGCUCCUCUCUUUGGAAACUUCCUGGAGCCCCUGAGCAAGACUGCAUGGUACGUAGUUCCGAUUCUAUGGCUGCCGCCUGUUACCUACGGUACCAUGCUCGGGUUUGCCGGGCUGGGGAAUGUGUCUGCUGCAGCUGCCUACUGGGUUGGUGGCCUUUUCCUGUGGACAUUGAUCGAGUACCUUAUGCAUAGGUUUUUAUUCCAUCUUGACCGAUAUCUUCCUGAUAACCGGGUCGGCUUGACCCUCCAUUUCCUGUUACACGGCAUUCAUCACUAUCUACCUAUGGACAAAUACAGACUUGUGAUGCCACCAACGCUGUUUGUUGUCCUCGCUACACCGUUUUGGAAGCUGGCGCAUAGUGUCUUCUUCUAUAAUUGGUACGCCGCCUUGAUGGUAUUCUGUGGCGGUGUAUUCGGUUACAUAUGUUAUGACUUGACCCAUUAUUUCCUCCAUCAUCGCAAUCUUCCACUCUACUAUAAGGGGCUCAAGAAGUACCACCUUCAACAUCAUUUUGCCGACUUCGACAAUGGUUUCGGUGUCACCAGCCGGUUUUGGGACCGUAUUUUCGGUACUGAGCUUGAAACACCCGCACCUAAAGAUGUGAAGAAGCUGUGAACGCAAUCGCAUAAGGGUUUGCGUUCAUCUCAAUUAUCCUAAGUACGAAGUAAUGUCGAGGCUGAUUGCGGCCCAGUCUUUCAUUCAUGUUUGUUUCUGAAAUCAUAGGAUUUCGAAAGCUUAGUUGUUGUUCCACCCUACUCUGCUUCAUGUACAGUGAAUUCGGUCAUUUGCUAUUGCAGGACCUUGAUUCCUCCUAUACAUAUUAUGGUCAUGGUCUUUGGCGAGGCCGUUUUGUCAAAUAGUGUUUAUACGAUUGUAUAUGAUUAUAACACCUAAUACAUAAUGCGUUUACCAUGAGAGA